AUGGCUGAGCGCCGCGCUCCGCCACGUCCCCCGAAUGUCCGGCUAGCUCCUGCUCCCGCAGAGCAUCAGCCUCCAUCGCCGCCGAUCCAUCUUCAUGUUGACUUGGAUUCUCGCUCGAGAAGUAGCUAUGAGGACUCGUCCACUAACGAGGAGGAAGAUGACGACCAGCCGAGAUGGAGGAGAUCAUCGGAAAGGCAGCCGGUGGCGGCAGCAGGCGCCGUAGGGAGGUCCUCUCACCGUAGCUCCGCGGCGGGACCCGGAAGUCAGAACCUCGCACCUGGAGCCGGACCCGAAACACAUUCACCGAACCUAUCACGACUUCGUAGUGCUAUCCAAAACUUUACUUCGCAGUGGUUCUUAGUGCCACAGGGAGCGGGCAUCACCUCGGUGGUUCUUUUCCAGUUUGAGGAGCGCUUCGAUGGCCUCGACAUCGUCGCGUACAUAUUCUGGGCCCUGACCAUCAUCUGCCUCAUUACCUUCAUCCUCCUCUACGCCCUCCGCGUGUUCAUGUUCCCGCGGCAUGUCGGCAAGCUGCUCGUAAGCAACCCGGGCGAGCUCGCAUGCAUAUCCAGCGCAUCCAUCGCCUUCACCUCGGUCAACCAGAUGCUUUCGCUCGUGAACCCCAGCGGCGGUCCCAGGUGGGCUUCGGUCACGGCCGGGCUCUGGUGGUUCAACGUGAGCCUGGCCGUAGGCUCGACGCUCUUCAUCCCGUACGCCUUUGCCCGCAUCCAGCACUCCCCGUCCCCCGGGGUCGCGAAGCUCUCGCCCGCCACGCAGCUGCCCAUGAUCGCCGCCAUCACGCUGGCGGCCGGCGGCGGCGUCGUCUCGUCGGGCACCGGACAGCCCGCGCACGCGCAGACCCCGAUCAUCUUUGUCUCGUACCUGUCGCUCGCCAUGGCCCUGCCGCUCAUCAUGGCCUUUACCGCCAUCUACCUCGUCCGCCUGCUCGACGGCUCCAUGCCGGAGCGGAACAAGGUCUACCAGGACAUGAUACUGGCGGGGCCUUGGGGCCAGGCCAGCUUCGCCAUGCAGGUGCUCGGCCGCGCGCUGGUCAACAACGCGCCCGCCAUCGCCGCGCAGAUCGCCGGCGAGCUGGUCACGGAGAACUCCAUCAGGAUGCUGGGGUACAGCAGCAUGUUUAUCGGGUUUUUCAGCUGGGGCCACGCCACUUUCUGGUGGGCGUUUGCCAUCUUGAGCGUGCUACAGAGCCAGAUCGAGGCCUGGGGGAUGAGGAAGCGGAGGUGGCUCCUGGGCCAUGGCGAGGAGAAGGAGACGUACACGCUGGCCGUGUGGGCCUUGGUGUUUCCAUGGUUCCGAUCGAGUUGGUCUGUAGACCCGUCAACAGGAGAGUAUUUUGCAAAUAUCCCGUCGCCUACUGGUAUUGCUGUCGACCCUGCCCUGACGGCGUACGGCGUCGACCAGGCAAAGGAGCUGGGCCGUCAUCUGUUGCACCACGUGCGACCCCCGAUCGAGAGGGUCUACUCGAGUCCGUUCUACCGCUGUCUGCAGACCAUAGAGCCGUUCGUCAGGAGUAAGCUCGAAGAGGGGAACCAGGAAGGGCAGGUUACUGUUGGUGGUAAGGACAACGCCAACGACCUAAAGUCUGCAGUCGAUCGAGUUGACGCAGCCCUAAAUUCAUCAUCAUCAUCAUUAACAACGCCAGCAUCAUCAUCAGGAAGCUCCUCUGAUGCCAAGGCGCUACCACUAAUCAAGAUCCGCGCUGAACCUGGAUUGGGCGAGUGGUUUGGCACCGCGCACUUUGACCACCCAGCUCCAGCACCGGUCGAAGAGCUGUCAACCUUAUUUCCUGGUAUACUAGACCAAGGUUAUUCGCCUGCCUUAACUCCGACCAGCCGUGGAGAGUCGAUAGAGCAGCUCCACGAUAGGGUAGCUCUCGCCGUGCUUGAGAUAAUCAAGCGCUGCGACGCAGAAGGUGUUCGUUCGGUCGUCCUGUGCACUCAUGCGGCAGUCGUGAUCGCGCUAGGGAGGGUCCUGACGGGACAUAUGCCCGCCGACAUCACUGUCGAUGAUUUCCACGCUUACACCUGCGGCCUUAGCGUCUAUCGAAGGCGGCACCAGGCUGCCCCUGUUGCUGUAGAUCAGCCUUCCGUGUCGCCCGCGGCAGGGCCAGUUGCCUGGAGGGACGGGACUGGCGUUGGAGGCGGAUGGGAUUGUGAGCUGAAUAGUGAUUGCAGCUUCCUUCCCGGAGGGUGCGAACGCGGAUGGAAAUUCUCUGGAGAUGAAUCCUUUGGAGGGAUCAACCAAAGCAAUGUUGACGCGGACAAGCGCACGACUCGUUUGUAG